AUGGAUAUAAUCGAGUUUUUUGAACACGCAAAUUGUCGAAAUUUGAAAAAUACAAUAAAAUCAAAGGUUCAUAGAAGAUUACAAAGUAUAAGCGAGGUACUCGACGAACGAAGAUUGAUGUUACGGUAUCUAUUAGAAGAAGGCAAUUUAAAAUACUCUAAGGAAUUAGCAUUGCUUGCGAGAGAGCGAAUAGAGAAAGCAGCCAAGGAUCGGGAGGAGUGGUUUGGAAUUCACAGAAUUAAUCGGGAACGAGAGAUUGAGAAAUUUCUCAAGCUUAAACAACUACAGAGAGAAAUGGAGAACUGCGAAACAUGGAGACACAUGCAAAGCAAGUCAUUGCUCUUGAAUACCAAACAAGCCCAGCUGUAUCAGAUCAAGGAGAAGGAGUCACUGCGUGAGAAGGACAAGGAAAUUCAACAAAUGUGGCAUGAUGUUAGUCAACGAUAUUAUGAAGAAAAGGCAAAACAGCAUAACCUUGAAGUCAAACUAUUGAAAUCGAUUUCAGGACUUAAUCAAGCCGUAAAUUUAAAAAAUAGAGAAUGUCAAGAUCGAAGGAAGGAAAUCGCGAGGGAAACGGCUAAAGCUGAGUUUGCCAUGGAGUAA